CAACCCUUCCGCCACCUUGUCUCUCACUCGCGAAAGCUCCGUCGACAGGUUACGUACGUGCGCAGAAACGAGAACAUGGCCCAGAGCAGGACCACCGCCGUUGCGCUGCUCCUGAUCGCCGUCCUGGUGGCGGCCGCGUCGGUGCCGGCGGCGACCGCCUUCGGCUGCUACGACGACUGCUACGAGCGCUGCGCCAACGGCGCCAAGGAGGACCCAGCCUGCACCAAAAUGUGCGGCGAGGCAUGCGGCGUCGCCGGCAAAGCCGCGGGCGCCGCAGGCGGCGCGCCCACCUCUUAAGCCGAUCCCUACGUGUGCAUGCAUGCAUGCAUGGCAUCGCACACGACUCAAGAUACGCGCGUACGGCCGAUCAUCGGAGGAAAGAUGCGUGCCCGCAUGCUGUUCGUUCAUUCGAUCGUGACUAGCUAGUUCUUGUUGAAUUCAUUUGCUCUUGUCGUUGAUUUGCAACCUGGUGCGUGCUUGCAUGCAUGAUAGGUGGAAUCAAGUUCCGGCCGGCGUGGAGUUUAUUGUUUUUUUCGAGUUCUUAAUUGUUUUUUGAGAUAGCCACCCGCUUAUUUCAAGCGGUAAGUUUAUUAUUGUUAAUUGAUUUAAUUUAAAUAUC